CUCCCCAAACUCUCUGAUCCAUGUCUUUAUGGACCUUGCUUUGUGCACUAGUCAGGAAAAUUCAUAUGAUCGGUGUGAAUAAUUGUCAUGCCCUAGCAGGGUCGGACUGAACACUCAUGGGGCCCCCGGGCAAUAGGGGAUCAGGGGCCCCUGUGUCCUUGCCCAAACUCAAAAAAGCCUAUGAAAAAGAUACCAGGGGCAUCUCAUGGGGCCCCUUACUGACCCCGGGCCCUCGGGCAGUGCCUGAGUUUCCAAAUGGUCAGUCCGCCCCU